CAAAAUGUCACGUUUCCAUCGUUCCUACACGGUAUUGUUAUAUGGUGCACAUUCACUCUAAGCGGAGUUGUCUUUGUAUUUCGGCUCUGAAAUGGGUGGGUGGUGGAAACAUCCUUAACUUUUUCACAGUAACAGCAGGACCCAGUAACCAUGCCGACUGUGGUUCUGAUGGACGCAUCGCUCUCCAUGACACGACCUGUGUCUUUGGAGGGCAGUGAAGAGUUUCAGAGGAAAAAUCUGGCUGUACAUGGACUAACCAUGCUGUUUGAGCACAUGGCUACAAAUUACAGACUAGAGUUCACUGCCCUUGUUGUCUUUUCUUCCCUCUGGGAGCUCAUGGUGCCUUUCACCAGAGACUACAACACUCUACAGGAGGCCUUGAACAAUCUGGAGGACUAUGAUAAAACUUGCCUGGAGUCAGCCCUGCAGGGAGUCAGUAACAUUGUACAGCAGGAGUGGGGCAGCACAUGUCCCUGCCAGGUGGUGCUGGUUACUGAUGGUGCUCUGGGCAUCGGCCGUGGUUCUCUGCGCCACUCCCUGGCCACACUGAAACAACGUGGAGACGACAAGAAGUUCCCCCUACCCUUCCCUUUCCCCUCCAAACUGUACAUCAUGUGCAUCUCCAAUGCAGAGGAGCUCCAAGCCACUGAUGCCAUGGACAACUUGGAGCAGCUGCUCACAUUAAGUGGUGGAGAGGGACAGAUUUUUACUAUGGAUGGACCACUAUGUUUAAAGAGUGUUCAAGCCAUGUUUGGAAAGCUGAUCGACCAGGCGUACACACCUUUCCAUGCAGUGCUACGCUGUGGGAACCUGGCCUCAGAUGUGCAGGUGUUCCCCAGGCCAGAGCCUGUGCUACUGGAUGAGGAGGUCGAUCCAGUACCAAAAGCAGUGCUCACAGAGUUAGAGAUAGUGGGCUUCAUUGAGAUCGGAGACAUCGCCAGUCCUCCAGUCUUGUCCAGACACCUGGUCCUCCCCAUAGCUGUUAACAAAGAAGCAGAUGAGGUGGGAGCAGGGACUGCUGAUGACAUGGAAGAAGACACCUCAACCAAUCAAAUGGCAGGAAAGAGCCCCAAUUUCUGUGUCCUUCUGCAUGGCAGUCUAAAAGUGGAGGGCAUGGUUGCCCUUGUGCAGCUGGGGCCUGACUGGUAUGGAAUGCUUUACUCCCAGGCAGAUAGUAAGAAGAAGUCAAAUCUAAUGAUGUCGCUUUUUGAACCUGGCCCAGAGCCUCUUCCAUGGCUGGGGAAAAUCUCUCAGCUUGGACCCAUCUCAGAUGCUCUAGAGAAUCCUUAUGGGGAAGAUGACAGCAAAAGCCCUUUCCCUGUCCAGCCCAAAAGCAAACGCAGCUAUGCCCAAAAUGUCACUGUUUGGAUCAAAGCCAGUGGACUGCAGACAGAUGUGCAGAAAAUCCUCCGAAAUGCAAGAAAACUUCCAGAGAAAACGCAAACAUUUUACAAGGAGCUAAAUCGUCUACGGAAGGCUGCUUUGGCUUUUGGUUUCUGGGAGCUGUUGAAAUGUGUGGCUGAGCUGCUGGAGAGGGAGUGCACCCUCCUGCCUGACUCUGCCCAUCCGGAUGCUGCCUUCCAGCUGUCUCAUGCUGCCCAGCAACUCAGGCUGGCCAGUACAGGAGACUCCCAGUAUGCAGCCUUUGAACACAAUAUCACCCCCAUGCUCACUGACUUCUCAGGUGGGGGAGGUGGUGCUGACCGGAUGUAGAUUAAAGGAAACAUAUGGGCUGGAUGGAAGCUUUUCAGUAAACCACUGGACACUGCUUUUCUCCUCCCUGGAGCUUCAACACUGAAGAGGUUGCUAACAACCCCCCUGGACUGUUAUGGCUUUUCCAAAGGCCCCAUUCACAAGUCUUAGAAAUAGAUAACAAACUAUGAACUUUGUGAUAUGUGAACCAAGUCUUUCAUGACAUGCAUUUUUUUUAAUCUCUUGUCUGCGUUUACUCUUUGAAAAUAACAAGGCCAAGCAAUCUGUUUCUUGACCGGGGGUAGUUUUUUGUGUACAUAGAAUUUUCUACCAGUGUCCAAAAGAAAUAAAAGUGUGUUCGACAUUUAA